UUCAGGCGGUGUGAAUGAAGCCCCCACCAAAACGUCCAGACGGCCAGAAUCUCACUCCAGCCCCUCUUUCUGCGCACAAACACAGCUCAAUUGCACGUCUCCUGCCCGCCACCUGCCGUCUGCCAAAGCAGCCACACCGACACCCCCGAGACUCUGCGCCACCAUGACUGAUCACGACGACCUGCACGCCGAGCCCACCGAAGGCUUCAAGGUCGGCGAGAAGAAGACCAUUGAUGAGUACCAGCAGCUGGACCAGAAUGAUGAGUCCCUCCGCAAGUGGAAAGAGUCGCUCGGCCUCGGCGGCGGCAAGACCCUCAGCGACCCCAACGACCCGCGCAAGUGCAUCAUCCUCUCUCUCGGCCUCGAGGUCGAGGGCCGCCCCGACAUAAUCAUCGACCUCAAGACGCCCGGCGCGCUCGAGAAGCUCAAGGAUCAGCCGUUCAGAAUCAAGGAGGGCGCCCAGUUUCGCAUGAAGGCGCAGUUCAAGGUGCAGCACGAGAUCCUCGCAGGCUUGAAGUACCUCCAGAAGGUCAGCAAGGGGCCGUUGAGCAACAAGAUGCAGGAGAUGAUGGGAAGCUAUGGACCCAACACGGAGGACAAGCCUUUGUAUGAGAAGAAGUUUGAGUCCGAGACUGCGCCCUCCGGCAUACUCGGUCGCGGCCACUACAAGGCUGUCUCCAAGUUCGUCGACGACGACAACCAGACCCAUCUGCAGUUCGAGUGGUCUUUUGACAUCAAGAAGGACUGGUGAGCGGUGGCUUGGCGCGAGGGAGGAGAUAUGGCACAGCUGGGCAUUUCU